AGCACAUGUUACAUGUUUGUGUACACUAUAAAUGGACCAAAUCUGGGAUAAUGAUAAUGGAGUGUAUGGGGAGUGAUUUUAUGAAAUAAAACUAGCCAGGGAAAUUAACCAAAAAGUCACCCUGAGAUAUAAGAAUACAGGGGCAUCCCAGGAAGACAAUGGCCUCCAGAUACUGGCAUCUCCUGUUGUCCCUAUUGUCAUUGACAAUCGUCCUUCAGAACUGCUUCGUGAAUGUCGACUUGACGCGUCAGAGCACCCAGUGCCUCGACAGACUCCGAGAGGCCGGGGAAUCAGGAGAGGGGCUUCGAGAACGACUCCGAAACGCGACUGAAGACCUAGUGAAACGGCAACAGGUCACUGAUGAAGAAAUCCAAACGGCAAGAGGAAAGCUGUUCAAACUUCUGAAGGAGCUACACGGGGAAAGAGAUCAUCUGAAAUUUGUUACGAGGCUAAUGGAGCAAGCUUUAGAAAAGAAACGACUCGAGAGAGAAGAGAAAAAGGAUAAUACUACUAAAAAUGCGAAAUUACUUGCGGAAAAAGAAAGACUAGUGCGGGACUUAAAGGAAGUUAAACGCCUGCUUAGGAUUGUCCAGGAGAAGGGGAACAUCGAGGAAAACGGAGGGGCUGGAGCUGAAGGGAACAAGACGGUGGCUGCAUGACCAGGGUGAGGAGGCUUAUGCCAUGGCAACAACAGUCAUCAAAGGUGCAGUGCUCGUGUAGCUAUUUGAAGGAUGUUGAAGGUAACAGCAUAAUGACGAGCAUUAUUGAACAUUGUGCCCACAAGCAUUCUCCCCGAAACGAAUGAUGUUACUAUUGCAAGACCAUUGCAUGCCCAUCUUCAACUCCCAUCACACUCAAACACGAUCUUACUACGUCGCCAAAAAAAUCAGGGGAGCGUGGCCAAUCAUGGGUGAGAUCGUGCACAUCGUAGUCAAACCUGAGUGGGAACUGAGAGCAACGUGGUGCGGGCUUCAUGGACGGGCGGGUCGUACCAAAAUUUCAAGCAUGCUCAAAUUUUACGAAGCAGAGUCGCAAUGGCUAAAAUCGCAGUGACAGCAUAUCAACAACCCAGUAAAGUCGGCAUACACCUAUAUGUAGUCUUGGCGUAUCAGCAUCGUAGUGGGAUUUUCACUGACGUGGUAAAAGCGCACCUCAACCGGGGAAAAAUUUCCACCAGCACCAGUUCAGCUUGGGCAUCCAGCAUAGUAUGUUGUUCUUGGAGGAGAACAAGUUGCAGAAGAGGAGCAUCAUGUCCAUUCAUCUUGGCGACUGAGAAAGAACUGAUGGCGUGCACUGUUUCAGCCAACAUAGGAAAUGCUCGGAAUUAAACAUCACCGAAAUUGUAUUACUAUCGCACCGUGAACUUUGAAGUCGUAGCACAAUCGUAUCGAAGUCUUCAAUUACAUCGUGGAACGAUCUGAUUGCAUGUGAGCCGAGUCGGGACUCACGUUUAGUUUAAUCGUUCCGAGAAUGCAAUCGUGCCCGCAACGGAGUGAUAACCUAGAGUAUCUUAAAAGAACAAUUUAUCGCCCAAUUUUCCAAGUUUCAUCCCGUCCUAGCUUUGUUUUACUGAAAUCUUACAACGCGGUCUCGUUUAUAUAGUGGGGGCACUGAUUGGUUACUGAAGAAUGUUCUACAUGGCUGUACGUGUACAUGUGUGCCGGGGAAACGCUAUAGGUAGCGAAGGACCUUCAUAUUUCCAUAAUGUGGGGUCACAGACCUGCAUUUGAUGGACAGCUGCGAAACGAAGCUGCUCGUCAGUGUGCUGAGGUGAAAAACUGUGAUAUGUUUCUUUAAGAAACUCCACAGCUGUUCAAUUGCCUGAUAAAAAAGGGUGGACCUCAUGUUUAUCAUAAAAGCUACAACAUAUUCGUGUUGUAUUUAGAUGAAGCCAGAAGGCUAAUAUAAAUCAAACCGACAUGUUAAAUAUGACGCCCAUGUGGAAUUUCUUCAAACCGUCCUGACACAAAUUUUGGAAUUCGCCACAAAUCUGCGAGUAUUAAAACCAUAACAUUCAUACUUGAAUUUCUAUCCUUUCAAAUCAAAUACAACCUGCUCUGAUUAUUUCUAAGAUUUAAAAAGUGUUUUUGCAUGUCUUUCCUCUUAGUGAUCAACUUCAAGCUUCAAACUUUGGGGAAUGAUUUUGUGUAGUGUUAUUAUUCCAAAUGCAACAUUUAAGUUUCAAACUUGUCAACUGUCAAACUCAAGUAAAAAAAUGGUGACAACACGAUUUUAAACGGUAGCAAAUGUUAGAUAUCUUGAAACUACAGACUAACUUAUUUCAACAUGGCUAAAAUAAUGACAGAAAAGAAAAUGGAAACAACUGUUCCCAAUGCCCGUUUACUGAUCAUUUAUUUCUGAACACCAUGUGUCACCCAUAAGCAUAAUAGAGAUGGACUCGAGACUUUUUUUUUUGUUCCUAUAUAUAACAGGUGGUAUUGCAAACAUACAUUGCGCCAAUUAAGUUCUAUGUAAAUUAUACAUGUGGCCUGGGGGCAUAUGGCACAGGGGGGGGCAUGUGGCCCGGGGGGGGGAUGUGGCCCGGGGGAGCAUGUGGCCAAGUGGUUAGGGUCUGUGGCUUCCAAUCAUAGGGUUGGAGGUUCGAAUCCAGCUGCAGGCAGUAUGU